UUAGAGCCAGACUUGGUCCAAACUGUCCCGGGACUCAGAGCAGCGCGUCUCCCUCUGCCCUCAGCUGCAUAAGGAUUUUGUUUCUCAGGGAUGGCCGCAUCCAUUCUGGAGGUAGGGAAUGUAAUUGAAGACUCACGCUAUGGCUCCAGUCCUCUGGCUAUGUUAACUGCUACCUGUAACAAGUUUGGCAGCACGAGCCCUGUCAGAGAUUCAGCUACACCCGGCAAAACCCGCAGCACCACUCCAGUGAAGAAGCCCUACGCCAUGACCUCUGACCUUCAGGCAGCCAAGAACGGCCGGACACCGGACGGCAGCAGCCUGGCAGACUCCUACUCUGGCUCUUUUACCACAGCCGGAGGAGGUGGUGGAUUGCUAACUCCCACUGGAAGCCCUCCUCACUCCGCCGGAGGCUACUCUACAGAAUAUAACCCUUUCUCCCACUCUUUCCAGACUUCAGUCUCUCAGGACCCCUCUCUUUUAGUCUCAAAGGCCCAUGCAACAGCCGACUGUCUCACCAGUGUCUAUACUUCACUGGACAUGACGCAUCCCUAUGGCUCCUGGUAUAAGGCUGGGAUCCACCCUGGCAUAACCGCGGCGCCAGCGAAUGCCACUUCUUCUUGGUGGGACGUCCACCCCAACUCCAACUGGCUGUCGGCAACACAGCCCCAGGCUGACGGAGGUCUCCAGGCUUCCUUGCAGCCCGUAGCACCGCAGGCAUCCCUCAGCCCACAGCUGCCAAGCUACAGCACCGACUUUACGCCACUCAACCCGGCUCCAUACCCGUCCGUGGGACUGGGGUCCUCGUCACAUCUCCUCCAGCCCUCCCAGCACAUGCUGCCCCAGGACAUGUACAAGCCCAAACCUGUGCCAAGCGCAGGGCUUAUCGAGAAUCCCAUGGGCCUCAAGCCCGCCAGGGGAUCAGGAGGCUACAGCGGAGGGGGUACACCCAGCAGGUCAUCAUGUGACUGCCCCAACUGCCAGGAGCUGGAGAGGCUGGGGGCCUCGGCUGCGUCCCUGAGGAAGAAACCGGUCCACAGCUGUCACAUCCCGGGCUGCGGGAAGGUCUACGGCAAGGCCUCCCACCUGAAAGCUCACCUCCGCUGGCACACCGGCGAGCGGCCCUUUGUUUGCAACUGGCUGUUCUGCGGGAAGCGCUUCACCCGCUCUGACGAGUUGGAGAGGCACGUGCGCACCCACACGCGGGAGAAGAAGUUCACUUGCCUACUGUGUAACAAGCGUUUCACACGCAGUGACCAUCUCUCGAAGCAUCAGAAGACCCAUGCGGAUUCCGCACUGCAGGGCAAAGCGGUGGCCGGGGAGGGAGACGCCGACCCUCGGAGCGAAGAGAACGCAGAGCUCAACUCCGGCGCUGUCACCACCAAUCCUGUCGCCGACCAGAUUGCCAAUGGAGAUGAGAAGACUGCCACACCUAACGGUGUAGAGAACAGCAGUGGAUUGUUGGAGAUCUGACUGCAUUAAGUCAGAUCUGCCCAGUGCUAUAUUGGGACUUUUUAGGCUUGAAAGAUUAGCCAUACCAUUGAAUAUAAUUUUUUUUUCUCCUCAAACUUACAAAGGAUAUAAUGUUUUGAAAGACUUUAUUAGAUAAAUGACUAAACAUGUUACAGGUAGCAAUCACUCAAUUUCCUCUGGACCACACACACACACACACAUAACAAAUUCUAGUCAAUCUGACAAGAAAACGAAAACAGUUGUAUGCAGACAUACAAUCAAAUACACGCACAAAAAUACACAGCCAAGCCCUUAUGCAUACGAACACAGAUAUAAGGUGCAUAUGUGCACAUUUGCAUGCACAGAAAUAACCAUGAGCAAAUGCGCAGGCUUCUAUAAUGCAUUUAUGCAUGAAAGGGUGCCCACAAAAGAAUGCCUGUGCAGUCACACAUACAAGUAAACAUGCUCAUGCGCACACUUUGUAGUCUGCACACAUUUUCUGCCUUUCAAAUGAGACAAACCACUGGGGAAAUUUAAUCUGCAAAAGCAGAAGGAAAAGAGCUCUGAGGCUGCAAAAGGAAAGAAGUUUUAUAACAGGACCUAUGGUUGGGAUGACGGAGUUGAUGGAGCAUUGCAUGCGUGGAGAAAAAAAAUAUGAUUUACAGCUGUAUUCUGAUACUUACUCAUUAUUCUUGAAACAACCAGUGGACCGUGUUUCUUACAGCUUGUACUUGUCAAAGAACAUCCUGAUGUAAAAGAUACAGCGUCUUUUCUUUUGUUUGCUUCUUACUUACUGUCUAAUUUAAUUUCAUAUUUACACAAUUAACCUAAUUUAUGUCUUAAAUUAUGCACAUGGAAGAUAAUCUUGCACUCUGCAGGAAAUAUUAUGCAUUAAAAAGUAGUGGUUGAAGACUACCAAGAGGAAAGUAAAAUGCAUUAAAUUAAGACUUUUUCUUCUUAUUUAUUAGUUAUUAGGUGGAGUUUUUGGGGGAAUAUUUUUGAAGUUUUUAUUUAUAGAUUUUGAAGCUUAAUGUUAACUAAAUUUGUAUUAUCUUUUAAUUGUGAAGUCUUUUACACCUGGCAAGUAAUGAUUAACAAGGAAUUUCUACUUUGUAAAUACUAUAUAUUGAUAACAAUAUAUAGAUGUUUGUUAGGUGUGUUAUUUUUCUACUUUUUUUCUAUGUUUUGUCUAACUUUUCACCAUGAAAUGAUGUCCAUCAUCCUUCAUUUAAUAGACACGUAAACAUAAGGGCUUCAUUUUUAUUGCUGGCAUUGUGUUACAUAAAUGUAAGAAAAAUGUAAAUAGAAAUGAAGCAACGCAACAUGUAAAAGUAAACAAUUUUGUGAAAUUUAUGGCAUGGAAUCUUGAACAUUUUGGUGCUUUUGAGAGUAAAGAAACUUUAAAAAAACGUUAUCUUUGCUGUUUUUAUUUCCUA